ACGAGAAGCAAGGGCGAAAGAAAGUGUGGAAAUGCUGCCUCUCGGAUCGAGUCAUCGCCACCAUCCAUUCCGAAAAGUUGAGUAAUGAUUUGUGUCUGGUUGUAUUUUUGUAUUCCUGGACAGACACUCAGUGUGACAGAGUAGGUAUUCGCAAAGAGAAGAGAAUAGAAUUUUCUUUAGGUGAACAACACAUCGGCUGCAUGGCUGCAGGUGGAGAGGGAAACCUGGCGAUGUUUUGUUUGUUGUUGGAACUUGGAAGACGGCAAUGCAAUGGCCUUGGUGGUCUCCCACAGACAGCCAGUUGGCUGGCCGAACAAGAGGAAUAUGUGAGGCUGGGAGGCUAUAGUUCGGUCAUCCGGGCCCAGUGCGGCAGGUUUGUUGUGAUAAGGCGCGAGAGGAUCUUCCCGUGCCCUCAAACUCUGAAUCCAACAUCAGAGAGUUGCGUUCUUGGGAACGUUGUCACCUCGGUGACCGCAGGGCACUGACUGUGAAGCUAUGUUCCUUCCCUGAAUGGCGACGGCGGAGGGCACUGAACAGGCAAUCCUGGAAAGAGCCAUCGAACGCCCGGGGCAGCUGGGGGGCAUUGAGCUGACUGGCUGGAUGACAAGAACCAGGAAGGCCCUUCCUACGUGCCUGCUUUCCGGC